AUGGAGUACUACUGCUUCCUUCUAAUUGUCUUUUCUUUUCUAGGAUUCCAUGACUGCUUCAAUAUCGACACAAAAAGACACAGGAUCAUCAAAGGUCCGAAACAAGCCCAGUUUGGAUACACUGUUCAGCAACAUGUGGCUGCGGGGGGAGAAAAAUGGUUAUUAGUGGGGGCUCCAUAUGAAAUGAAUGGUCCUUACCAGACGGGGGAUGUAUAUAAAUGUUCACUGAGCAAACGAACCAAUGGAAAUGGUUGCUCCAAGCUUAACCUAGGAAGGAUAUCUCUGACCAAUGUAUCAGAGCGGAAGGACAAGAUGAGGCUGGGAAUGACGCUCACAUCUAACCCUAAAGACAACAGCUUUGUGGCUUGUGGGCCACUAUGGUCCUACGAGUGUGGCAGCUCUUACUACAGCACUGGCAUAUGCUCCAGAGUCAAUGCAAGCUUCAAGUUCUCCAGAACGAUUGCACCCGCUUUUCAAAGAUGUGAGACAUACAUGGACAUAGUGAUUGUUCUGGAUGGCUCAAACUCCAUCUACCCUUGGUAUGAAGUGCAGGCUUUUCUCAUUAACAUUCUUCAGAAGUUCUACAUUGGACCAGGUCAAAUACAGGUUGGAGUUGUUCAGUACGGUGAGAAGGUGGUCCAUGAGUUCAAACUCAGCGACUACAAGUCAGUUGAGGAAGUGGUGAAGAGAGCACGCAAUAUCAACCAGCGUGGAGGAGAGGAGACCAACACAGCUCUUGGUAUAAACGUAGCACGUUCACAAGCUUUUAAACAAGGAGGUCGGCGUGGUGCCAAGAAAGUGAUGAUUGUGAUAACUGACGGAGAGUCACAUGACAGUCCAGAUCUCCAGCAAGCCAUCGAGGACAGUGAGAGGGAUGGCAUCACCCGUUAUGCCAUUGCUGUCCUCGGCUACUACAACCGUAGAGGAAUCAACCCUGAGGCCUUCCUUAAUGAAAUCAAAUACAUUGCCAGCGACCCAGAUGACAAACACUUCUUUAAUGUAACAGAUGAGUCAGCGCUGAAGGAUAUCGUGGAUGCACUUGGAGAGCGCAUCUUCAGUUUGGAAGGAACCAGUAAGAAUGGGACAGCGUUUGGUCUCCAGAUGUCUCAGGCUGGAUUUUCCGCACACAACGUCGAGGAUGGGAUUCUGGUGGGUGCUGUUGGGGCUUAUGAUUGGAACGGGGCAGUGCUGAAGGAAACACGCCAGGGCAAGGUGGUCCCUCCCAAGUCUUCCUACAGACUGGAGUUCCCUGAGGAGCUCAAAAACCAUGGUGCCUACUUGGGUUAUACCGUGACGUCUGUGGUGUCAGCCAGAAACGGCCGUCUACUUGUAGCAGGAGCUCCACGUUUUAACCACACUGGGAAAGUCAUCAUCUUCACCCUGAAGAACUCGGGCAACCUCACCAUACUUCACUCCCUCAAAGGCCAGCAGAUUGGCUCCUACUAUGGCAGUGAGAUUGCACCUCUGGAUAUUGAUGGAGACGGUGUGACUGACAACCUUUUGGUGGCAGCUCCCAUGUUCUUCAAUGGAGGCUUGGAGAAGGGAAAGGUCUACAUCUACAGAGUGACAGAGCUGAAUCGUUUUAUUCUUGAGGGCGCGUUGGAGAUCCAUAACGGUGGCCAGAACGCUCGCUUUGGUUCAUCCCUCGCUCCUGUCCCGGAUUUAAAUGGUGACGGCUUCAAUGACUUGGUCGUGGGAGCACCGCUGGAAGACGAUCACAAAGGAGCCAUAUAUGUUUUCUUCAGUCAGCACAACAGAAUACUGCGCAAAUACAAACAGAGGAUAGCGGCAGCAGACUUGGCCCCUGGCCUGCAGUACUUUGGCCGUAGUAUCCAUGGCGUGAUGGACAUGAAUGAUGAUGGUUUAGUGGACCUGGCAGUAGGUUCCCUUGGUGCCGCUGUUCUCCUUUGGUCACAGAGUGUUAUCCGGAUAUAUACCACUGUCCGGUUUGAGCCCAGUAAGAUCAACAUCUUUGUGAAGGACUGUCAGAGAGGUGGCAAAGACGUGACCUGUAUGUCAGCCAUCGUAUGUUUCAACAUCACUGCCAGGACAGCCAUUCUUCCCACACAGGAAAUUGGGAUCAAAUAUAAUGUCUCCAUUGUGGAGCGACGUUUCAAACCUCGGGCCAUAAUGGACAACCCAAGCAAGCUGCAGCCUCAAAACCUGACCAUUCUUCCUGGAGAACAAACCUGCGAACACAUCUACUUCCACGUCAUGGAGACUACAGACUAUGCAAGGCCCAUAGUGUUUGCUGCACAAGUCGGGCUGCAGGAUCCAAAUCAGGGACCAGUUCUAGAUGAAAGCUGGCCAACUGUCGUAAGAACUGAGCUGCCCUUUUGGAACGGCUGCGAUGAGGAUGACCGCUGUAUACCUGAACUAGCACUGCAAAGUAUGACUGACCUGAUGACUCGAAAUCAGUUUUGUGCGCAGGCUGUACAGUCUCGAAGUGCUUUCUGCCGCAAUUUAAACGAAGGAGAGAUGGAGGGAUCUCUGCGGGUUUUAGAGGGAAACAGGAGAAGGAUGGUGGUGGACGUCCGAUUGGAGAACAAAGGAGAAAAUGCCUACAACACUCGCCUCAAUAUCACCUACACAAGCAAUCUACGCUUCUCUAGCCUCAUUGUCAAGGACAACUCGGACAUCAAGAUAGAGUGUUACAUUGAAGACAAACUGAGAAAUGAGAAGAUCUGCAAUGUCAGCACUCCGUUUAUGAGGGCCAAAUCUCAGGUAUCAUUUCGUCUGGAGUUUGAGUUCAGCCGUACUGUCUUCUUAGAGCACGUCAGGAUCAUCCUGGAGGCCAGCAGUGAUGGCGAGGAAGUGAGCACAACUGACAAUUUCAACGAUAUCUAUUACUCACUGAGAUAUGAGGGAGACCUUCUAUUUACGAGGGAUUCAAACCCGACUCGGUAUGAGAUCAAAUCGGAAUUGUCACUGGAGGAGCCGGGGAUUAUCGGUCCUCCUUUCAACUUCACUUUUCAGAUCCAGAACCUUGGCUACUUUCCAGUAAAGGAUCUGCAGCUCAACAUUGAGAUACCAGAAAUGACAAAAAAUGGGAACCAGCUCCUGCAGAUAUCUGACUUUCAUAUUGAUCAGGUGAACGGUACACGCUGUUUACCUCCGCAGCAUGUGGCACAGAGCCGAGCAUCACCUGAGGACCUGUCACGCUUCUCUCGCUUGAACCGAUCCAACACCUUAACUCUGCCAAUCCAGUGCACUGUCAAUGUGGCUUCCUACAGAGAUAUUGCCGUUAGAAUCAGAGGAGCUCUACGAAUAGAUACCUUACACGCACUGAAGUUUAAAAUCCUGGAGCUGGUAAUCAGUGCAUCGGUGGAGCUCCCCUCCUCCAGCCGCAUGUUUCUACAUGAAGAGAGGCCUGUCAGACAUAUUGUAUUGGAGAUCAGGAAAGAGGGAGAUUACAGAAUCCCGACCUGGAUUAUUGUUGGUAGCACGCUGGGAGGACUCUUAUUGUUAGCCCUGCUCAGUCUGGCUCUAUGGAAGCUCGGCUUCUUCCGGAGACAGAAGCGGAGAGACGAAGACGAGCAAGAGGCAAACGGGAAAGUGGCAGAGGAGCGGUAACGCAGGCUGAGGGCCCCGAUCAGACACCUUUUCCACAGGGGACCCGACACUCAGGGACUAACCCACCUCCCCCUGUUCCCCAACAACCACAGUGGCACCGCGUAGACAGCUCCGCUUGAUCGCUGAGGCAAGGCUUGUUCAGUGCACUGGAUCUGCCCCACGCCACGACCCCCGGACCCCUCCCGAGAGUCAGCACUGUCAUAUUCACUUAGCAUUCCUGCACUGUUACGACAUUAGGGCCUUCUUUGUCUAUGUAUUCCACUGCCCUUGAUGUCGUCCCUUUAAAGAUCUCGGAGCUCUCGAUUUCUCGGCUACGGGCUGGAGUUCUGGUGCUUUUUCUGGCCGCUUGAAAAGAUUAGAGCGAGCUUUGAUCGAUCUGUUCCAAGAAUUUCAGGCUGCAAUUCGCCUUUGAGGCAUUCGUUAGCCAAUCAUUCUUUUGUCUCUUUCUAAUGUGUAUUUAUUUAACUCUUAUGAUAAUUGAAAUACAUGAAAAACCUCAAGGGUGACUCGCCACCCAAAAGCUUCCGCAAAUGUAAAGAUAUUUUACUGUACAUUGAAUUCGAUGUUUAAAAUAUUUUAUCUGCAAUACGUUCAGUUGACUUGCAUAAUAAUUUAUGACAAAACUAAACUGAAAACUAAAGUCACCAGAGUACAAAGAAGAUUCAUGAUGUUUUACUUUCAGAGACUUUUCUUGAUCUUUUGCUACAGAGAAGAAUCUUCUAAACAUGCAUCCUGCUCCUUGGAGUUCACUCUUUUUCUUUUGAUAUUUUCAUCCUGGAAAACGUGAAGGAUGGUCUUUAAACAGUUGAUGCACUUUUACUUUGUACAAAAUUAACUUGAAUUUUGUAAAUACUCAAGUACCUUUUUAUACCCUUUCAAAUAUUAUAAUGGUUUUCAGUAUUUCCACGUGGUUUAUGGCAUUACUUUGUAACAUAAGCAACAAGGCAAAUGAAAACAAGUCAGCUUUGGGUUAUUGAACUUGUUUUGAGACAGUUGCAUGCCUUUUUAACAUGCAAUGCAUCAGAACAAAAGGUUUGCAUCAAAUACUGCAGCCAACCUGUUCAGGAUAUUUUUAACGAAGAAGAACUGUAUCAAAAUGAUAUUUAGAUGCCAUAAAAGUGAGUCCAGUAAACGCACAUUGCUUACAGUGUGUCAACACCAUCCUGGUGUUACCAAUGAAUGUCAGUUUGUCCUGUUUGAUAAGGUGUGAAGAGCUGUAA